AUGUUUCAGGAAUUCAUUUCAUAACUUGGCACAUUCAAAAAUGCUGAAAUUCCUUUUUAUUUUAGAAAUCAAUUUAAAAUCAAAGACAAUUUCAUAAAUCCGAACAGCAAGUAUUUCGAUGGUAUUGUACAAAAAUUGAUUUAAGAGGAAAAGUAGGGUAUAAAGAGAAAAUGGGAUAAGUAAUGUAAAAUGAUGUUCAUAUGGGUAUUAAGUAAGUAUUUUCAAAUCAAAAAUCAAAAAUCCAUCAACCCAAACAAGGAGGAAUGGCAAGAGCUUGCAAGUAUCUUAAAAACUGAUGAAACCAUUCUCAAAUAAAGAUGGAUCACACUAAUAAACCCUGUUCAGAAAAGUAUAAACUGGGAUUCUCAAGAAGAUGACAUCAUCCGUUCAUUGAUGAAUUAAUAGGAUGAGAAACAUAUAUGGACAUUUAUUGCCUUGGAGUUAUAUAACAAAAAUGGGGGUCAAUUUAUUAGAACCCCUAAGUAAGUUAGAGAAAGAUGGAUGAAUUACCUCAACCCUAAGUUGAAUAAGUAAGCAUCAAAUUUAUACCCUAGAGCAAAUUGGACUUAAAAGGAAGAUAUCCAAUUAUUGACCAAUAUAGUCAAUCACGGCAAAAGAUGGUCACAAUUAUCAGCACUCUUACAAGGAAGAACUGAAAAUCAAGUCAAGAAUAGAUUCAAAAGCUUAAUGUAGAAGAUAUACAAAGAUGAAGACGAUGAUGAAUUAGAUGAACUUCAAGCUAUACAAGAUUAUUUAAAGAAAUUAGGAGUUUACUCUGAAGAAUUCGCAGGAGAUCCAAAUAUUUAAAAAAACCAAUCUUUCCAAACCUUCAAGUAGAAAGUCAGAAAACUCCAUAUUUAGAUCAGGCAUCCCAAAAAAACAACUAAGAAAAAGAAGGUCACCAAAGCUAAUCUCAAAACCUUAAAAAAAUAGUCAGAAUCAAUUAAUUAAGAAUUUAUUAUUUAAAAUAAUUCAUUAAAUCAAAAAGAAAAUAAUGAACCCAUCCCUAAUGUUUAAGAUUCCAACCUACCAAAUGACCUUAAUCGAUAAGAUUAAUAAUAAUAAGUCUAAUAACAAACCUAAAUUUCAGAAAUUAAUGGUAUUCAAACACCAAGUACUUUAAAUAACUGUUUCUUGCCCUUUAUCCAACAACCAUAUUAGUUCGAUGUCUAAUAAUAAAAUUAGAAUUAGUUGAUCUAUCAAAGUUAUAGAAAUUAAAUGGAAGAAUUUCAACAAUAUUAAUAUAAAAUUAUGAUGGAAUAAUAUAUGAAACAGUUUCAAACUAAUUAUAAUGCCAUAUCACCAAUUUCUAUGAUUAAUCAAACUCCCAUGACUUACACACCUACCCAACAAUAUCAAUUAUAUUACAACACAUUUACAUCACCAUAAUGGAAUUGUAGUCCUAACUAAAUAGAUAUCAAUUCCCCUAAAUUUUAAAAUUUCUAUUGGUAAAAUCAAUAGUAACAUUAUGAUUAAUUCUAAAAUGAACAAAUGAGACAAAUGCAAUAUAAUCAUAAAUUAGAAUUUUUAAAUUCGAAUAGCCUUGUCGAUGACUGGAAAAGAAAAAGAGAUAAUUCGAAAUAGAAUUCACAAUUUCAAUUUAUGGGUUCAUUAGAUUAAUGA